AUGACAAAACAAGAGUCAAUAAAUCAGUCUAAACCUGAAUCAACAAGUAAUAUAAAGGUUAAACGAACUAGAUCUAAAACUGGUUGUUUAACAUGUCGAAAAAGAAAGAAAAGAUGUGAUGAAAAACUGAAACCAACAUGUUUAAAUUGUCAAUUAUUAAAAUUAGAAUGUAAAUGGCCAGAACUUCAAAUUAAAACAAGUAAUACGAUUGAAACAAUACAACAAACUAAUAUACGACAAGAUAAGAGUAAAUCAAUUAAAUUGGAUAAACAAAAAAUGAAAAAUUAUUAUUUAUCAAGAAUAGCCAUGCAACAAGAUUGUGUAGAGAAUAUUGACAAUGAUUUUAAUCAAUCAAUGCAUAGUGAUGGUAGUUUAGUUGAUAGUUUUAUCCAUUAUAACAAGUAG